CACACCCCCAUGUACUUCUUCCUCCUCAACCUCGCCCUCCUCGACCUGGGCUGCAUCUCCACCACUCUCCCCAAAGCCAUGGCCAAUGCCCUCUGGCACACCAGGGCCAUCUCCUACGCAGGAUGUGCUGCACAGGUCUUUUUCUUUGUCUUCUUCCUCUCAGCAGAGUAUUGCAUUCUCACUGUGAUGUCCUAUGACCGCUACGUUGCCAUCUGCAAGCCCCUGCACUACGGGACCCUGCUGGGCAGCAGAGCUUGUGCCACUAUGGCAGCAGCUGUCUGGGGCACUGGGUUUCUUUAUUCUGUGCUGCACACUGCCAGUACAUUUUCCCUGCCUCUGUGCCAAGGCAAUGCUGUGAAUCAGUUCUUCUGUGAAAUCCCCCAGAUCCUCAAGCUCUCCUGCUCAAAGUCUGACUACUUCAGGAAAAUUGGGAUUAUUUAUUUUAGUUUUUGUUUAUCCUUUGGGUGUUUUGUCUUCAUUGUUGUGUCCUACGUGCAGAUCUUCAGGGCUGUGCUGAGGAUGUCCUCUGAGCAGGGACGGCACAAAGCCUUCUCCACGUGCCUCCCUCACCUGGCCGUGCUCUCCCUGUUUCUCAGCACAGCCAUGUUUGCCUAUCUGAAACUCCCGUCCUCCUCUUCUCCAUCCCUGGAUCUGCUGGUUUCAUUUCUGUACUCAGUGGUGCCUCCAACAGUGAAUCCUCUCCUCUAUGCUUUGAGGAACCAGGAGCUCAAGGCUGCAGUGAGCAAUACAUACAUCUUCAACAUCCAUAAGAUGCAUGCUAGUCUCACAGGAGUUUGA